UAGACGGAUGCGAUCCGUAAACCAAUUAACAAGCAACCAAUCAAGCGAUAUAUGGCGCUCGAAGUAGCUGAUAUUUUCAUAUCUCGUACGCCCAGGUUACGACUUAAAAGAACUAGAUCUCUGCAUCUGUAAUACACAGCGUGUUGCGACUACGAUCUAUGUACCAUUAUGAUGCUGUCGCUACCAUCAACCUGGUUCAGCCUGUACGGUUUCACAUAUAUGUAUCUGUCAUUCCAGCAAGGAAGGGGUGUCCAAAUCAACAAAAAGAAAGAGGCUCAUCAACAGCGACCACUAGUCUGGUAAAAACAUUUGCAGCGUUCGGUCCACAGCCCCCCUCCCUUUCUAGCAUCUGAGGGAAAAAAGAGAAAGAAAGAGGGAUCCACAUCGAGCACAUUUAGACAGCAUGUACAAAUCACUCUUCCUGAUUGCUUUAACCAUCUUCGGUUGCAAUGCUGCCGAAGAUGAGGAAUAUUUUGAGUUCACCUGCCCUCGAGAAGAUGGUCAAUUCGAAGAUCCAUAUCAGUGCGAUAAAUAUUACGAAUGCAAUAACGGACGCUUUAAGGAAAAACUUUGUCCGGAUGGGCUUGUAUUUAAUCCAAGCAGUAAGCUGCCUAAUAAGUGUGAUCAAAUUUUCAAUGUAGACUGCGGAUACCGCAAGGAGCUGCAAAAACCGAAUCCAGUAGGGGUGUGUCCUAGGCAAAACGGGUUCUUCCCUCAUCCAGAUCCAACAAUCUGCAACGUAUUCUUCAACUGUGUGAAUGGGCGUGAGCUCGAAAUGAGUUGUGUGGCAGGUUUACAUUUCGAAUUAAGCACCGGUACAUGUGUAUGGCCUGAUAUGGCGAAUCGCGUUGACUGUGGAAGCAAUGCAAAUAAAAAACUUGAUGAUGGCUUUCAAUGUCCCAAAGACUACAAAAAAAUGGAUAAAAAUGGUCAAGUAGUGUCUCAUCCAAACUUUCCGCACCCGGAGGAUUGUUCCAAAUUCUACAUUUGUCUCAAUGGUAUUGAGCCGAGAAGGGGUAAUUGCGACUCAGGAUUAGUUUACAAUGAAGAUCUUCAGCGGUGUGAUGAACCAGAGAACGUUCCUGGGUGCGAGGAUUGGUACACUCAAGCCGAAAAACCGGAGAACUAGCUUCUUCAAUUUUACAAAAGCUGAUAUACAUAAGAGAGAAUAGUUUAGAUAACUAAAAUUCUGAAUGUCCGUAGUUAUUUUCAUGAAUUUGAAAUAGUCAUUUUAUAAUAUUUAUACAGAUAUAAUA